AUGUUAAAUUUAAACGACAAUAACUUAAGUUUGAAUGAAAAAGAUUCACAUAAAAAUGAUGCUACAAUGAACUUUAUAGAAACACCUAAUGAUGAUUACCUUCAAGAAUGUAAUUCAUCUAAAACUUUUUAUAGUUUAAAAAAAAAAUACAACAGAAACAAUUUGAUAAAAAAAGAUAAUGAGGAUGAUAGUUUAUCAUUGCAUUCGUCAAAUCAACAAAAUCCACUAACAUCUUACCCUAUUGAAGAAAGUAGAAAGUCAGAUGUCAGUGCACUAGUAAGAAGGCGGCACAUAACAUAUACAAAUAAUUUAAAACAUUUUAACAUUCAUCCCACGCUCACUUUAAAUUUAUAUAAUAAAAAUUAUUCAAAUUCAUUAAUGAUCAAUUCAAAUCCUAACAAUGAUGUAUCAAUUGGUGUAACUUGUAGCCAGUCUGUUAUUACUGAGCCCAUUAUUCCAAAUGACCAAUCAACUCUUGGAAAAAAUGUUAGUGUUACAGAAUCAUGGAGAGAAAUCAAUCAUGUUGAUAAAAUUAAACUUACUGCUUUGUUAUUUCAAAUGAAUUCAUUGACCAAAGAGAUAAUGCCGUUUGUUAAUUUACACGCAUUAGCCAAUCCGUUUCUGCAAAUUCCGAUUCAGGUUUGUCGUAUGGCAAAUAGUAUUAAUUUGAAUAUGGCUGAAGUGUUAUGUAGAAAAAGAAUCGAAGUUGCUAUAAUUUCCUGGAUGGCAAUUACAUUGGAUCAAUAA